AUGCCCCCUCUCCUCGUCCUCUCUCCUCUAUUCCCUUGUGCUCUUCUGCACUCGCUCCUGCUCGCAACAAGGGUUGGGGGCGACGUGGGGGACGUGCCGCACUAUGACGAGCUGCUCAAUGUUGCACCGACCAACGCCCCCUCCCCUCAUUCUCUCCCCCCUCCCCUCAUUCUCUCCCCCUCUCCCAUUCUCUCCCCCUCUCCCAUUAUCUCCCCUCUCCUCAUCUUCUCCCCCCUCUCCUCAUUCUCUCCCCCCUCUCCUCAUUCUCUCCCCCUGUCCCAUCCUCUCCCCCUCUCCCAUCUCUCCCCUCUCCAUCUCUCCCCCUCUCCCAUCUCUCCCCCCCCUCUCCUCAUUCUCUUCCCCCUCUCCUCAUUCUCUUCCCCCUCUCCUCAUUCUCUUCCCCCUCUCCUCAUUCUCUCCCCCCUCUCCUCAUUCUCUCCCCCUCUCCUCAUUCUCUCCCCCCCUCUCCCAUUCUCCCCCCCUCUCCCAUUCUCUCUCUCUCCCCCCCUCUCCCAUUCUCUCCCCCCUCUCCCAUUCUCUCCCCCCUCUCCUCAUUCUCUCCCCCCUCUCCUCAUUCUCUCCCCCCUCUCCCAUUCUCUGCUGCUGUGCUGCACUCGCUCCUUGUGGCAGAAGGGGUUGGGGGUCACAUGGGACGUGCCUCUCUAUGGCGAGCUGCUCAAUAAAGGGCUGGGGGUCACAUGGGACUUGCCGCUCUAUGGUGAGCUGCUGAAGAUCGGAGGCGGCAAGGAGCGUGGGCUGGCCGCAGGCUGCUCUCACGGACGCCGUAGGGAACGACCAGCCUUCGUGGCGGGGCUGCACAAGAGCAAGACGGCACUCUUCAACGCGUUCUUGCACCAACCCCCUCAUCUCCCACCCUCUCCCUGUACCCUUCCCAGCAUGACCCACUAUUUCAAUCAAGUGGGCUGGCCGCAAGCUGCCCCCACGGACCCCGCAGAUCAAGCAGCCUCUGCGGCGGGGCUCCAUAAGAGAGCAAGACGGCGCUAUUCAAUGCCUGCUUGCUUGCAUCCCCCUCCCUCUCAUCUUUCCCCCCUUUCGUCCCUUCUCAGCAUGACCCGCUACUUCAACUCGGUGGGCUGGCCGCAGGCAGCCCCCACGGACCCCGCAGAGCGAGCAGGGCUGCACAAGAGCAAGACGGCGCUCUUCAUGCAUCCCCCUCUCUCUCACCCCCCACCCAACUCCCCUUCCCCCCUGUACCCUUCCCAGCAUGACUCAUUACUUCAAUCAGGUGGGCUGGCCCCAGCAGCCCCCACGGACCCCGCAGAGCGAGCAACCUUCGUGGCGGGGCUGCAUAAGAGCAAGACGGCGCUCUUCAUGCAGCUUGUGGAGACGGGCGCGCUGCCGUUGCGACCAGGCGUGGCACGGCUGAUCGACGAGGCACUGGCAGCAGGUGUGCAGGUGGCAGUGUGCAGCACAUCCAAUGAGAAGGCGGUGGGGGCGAUUGUGAGGGUCAUGCUGGGCGAGGGGAGGGCGCAGCACAUGCGGAUAUUCGCCGGGGAUGUGGUUCCCAAGAAAGAAACCCGACCCGGCAAUCUACAACCUAGCUGCCACCACUCUCAACCUCAAUCCUGCACAGUAUGCUAUCUGUGUGGUGGUGUUAGAGGUCAAUCACAUCAGAGAAGAAAAGGGUUCGAACUGCAGCAAGCCCUGCUAUCAGCAGAUGAGUCAGUGGCGGACGUCACUCUGUGGGACGCCAUGGAGCGGGCCGCCCAGCCCUUCCCCUCCGUGCCCGCGCCCUCUGUAGCCGCUGCCCCGCAGCCACAGGCGAGUGACAGCAGCAGCGUGUGGCCCAACAACGUGGGCGAGCGGGUGUGUAUCGUGUCGGGGUUGUCAGGCAUUGAGAUCAUGGACCUGGUGGAGAUCAUCAGCAGCCUGGACAUACCCCCCAUGGUGUUUGCAGCCAUGGUGCCCAAGUCGGCAGCCAGGCCGGUGAGGGAGGUGGUGGAGGAUCUCGUGGCGGACCACCGCUUGCUGCACCCAAAUUUGAGUCGACCGUGCACUGAGCAGAGAGUUGAGGGAGGUGGUGGAAGAUCUCGUGGCGGACCAUCGCCUGCUGCACAGCCAGUCUGA